AUGGUUGCCCAAAUUCAAAAGCCAGCUCCAUCGUUCAAAAAAACCGCUGUUGUCGACGGUGUGUUUGAGGAAAUUUCCCUUGAACAAUACAAGGGUAAAUGGGUCUUAUUGGCCUUUAUCCCAUUAGCUUUCACUUUCGUGUGCCCAACUGAAAUCAUUGCUUACUCCGAAGCUGUCAAGAAGUUCACUGAAAAGGAUGUGGAAGUUUUGUUCUCCUCCACCGAUUCCGAAUAUUCCUUGUUGGCCUGGACCAACGUUGCCAGAAAAGAUGGUGGUUUAGGUAAGAUCAACAUUCCAUUGUUGGCUGAUACCAACCACACCUUGUCUAGAGACUACGGUGUGUUGUUGGAAGAAGAAGGUGUUGCUUUGAGAGGUAUCUUUUUGAUUGACCCUAAGGGAAUCUUGAGACAAAUCACUAUUAACGAUUUGCCAGUUGGUAGAUCUGUUGAAGAAAGUUUGAGAUUGGUUGAAGCUUUCCAAUUCACUGAAAAGUACGGUGAAGUGUGCCCAGCCAACUGGAAGCCUGGUGAAGAUACCAUUGACACCGCCAAUGCCUCUAAGUACUUUUCCAAGCAAGAAUAA